GGGAGGGACGUAGCGGGCGGGGAGGGGGCGUGGCCGAGGACAAGGGGCGUGGCCGAGGACAAGGGGCGUGGCCUCCCUGCGCUGCCGCGCGUUCCGCUCCCCCCACCCCACCCCCCCCGCGCUCCCAUUGGCAGCGCCGCCGUCCAAUGGGGAGCCGGGGCGGGGCGGCGGGAGGCGGGGUCACGCUCCCCCUUUCCUUCCGCCGGAAGCGUGUCCCCAGCGCCCCCCUCCCAUUGGCCGUCACCCCCUUCCGUCACGUCCGUGCGUGCGGCGGAAGGGGCGGGGCUCGGCGGCGGGCGCAGGCGCGGCGGCGCGCUGACGCACCCGUGCGUGCUGACGUUGGCGCGGCGGCGACGGCGCCUCCGAGCGCGGCGGCGGUGGCGGGAUCUCCGGGGCUCUCCCACGGGAACGCAGCCGGGGGGCCCGACCGGAGCCGUCGGGGCCUCGUCGCCCCCCUCCUUCCUCCCCAUCCCAUGCCCACCCUGGCCCGGGGGGGCACCGACUCCUCAGCCAGCCCCUGCGGGGGCCCCCACCGCGGCCGCCGCAUCGCCGCCAUGUGAGGGGGGGGGGCACGGCCGGCCCCGCGUCUCCCCCUCCCCGCCGCCACCGUGAGCCCCCCCCUCGCCCCCGGCACCGCCAUGAUGUUCCGGGAUCAGGUGGGGAUCGUGGCGGGGUGGUUCAAGGGCUGGAACGAGUGCGAGCAGACGGUGGCCCUGCUCUCGCUGCUGAAGCGCGUCACCCGCACCCAGGCCCGCUUCCUCCAGCUCUGCCUCGAGCACUCGCUGGCCGACUGUGCCGACAUCCACCUCCUCGAGGCUGAGGCCAACAGUGCCGCGGCCAUCAGCCAGUGGCCACAGGAGCCGGCGGAGGCGGCGGUGGCCCUGCUGCUGGCCCACCUGCCGCUGCUGCAGCCGGGCAACGCGGCGGCCAAGGCCGAGUACAUGAAGCGGCUGCAGAAGGUGCUGGCUUACGCCAUCGAGAGCAACCGCUGCGUGGAGGAGAGCCGGCAGCUCCUCUCCUACGCCCUCAUCCACCCUGCCACCACCCUGGACGACCGCAGCGCCCUGGCCCUCUGGUUGGGCCACUUAGAGGAGCGUUUGGCCGGCGGCGGGGCUCCCCCUGCCCGCCCCCCCCGCCCCGACGCCCCUCGGCGCCCGCCUCCCCCCCACGAGUGGCCCGAGCACCCGGCCACUGAGCUGGGGCCGCCCUGGCCCGAGGCGACCCCCCGGGAGAACGGGCACCCACCCUUCCACCCCCCUGCCAGCGGCAAUGGCCUGGGGGGAGCGGCUCUGCCCUGCCAGCUGCACCCCAGCCCGCUGAAGCGCUCCCUCUCGCUGGUGCCUGGCAGCCCCCAGGGAGGGGGCAGCGAGUGGCCGGGGGGGACGCCGGGGGACGAGGCCGCUGUCCCCGUGCCCCCCCGCCCCCCCUUCGGGGACCACGCGCCCCUCUCGCCCCAGAGCAGCGUGGCCUCCUCGGGCAGCGAGCAGACGGAGGAGCCGGCCGGCGGCCGCAACACCUUCCAGGAGGACGGCAGCGGCAUGAAAGAUGUCCCCUCCUGGCUGAAGAGCCUGCGGCUGCACAAGUACGCGGCGCUCUUCUCCCAAAUGACCUACGAGGAGAUGAUGACGCUGACGGAGCAUCACCUCGAGUCACAGAACGUCACCAAGGGCGCGCGGCACAAGAUCGCCCUCAGCAUCCAGAAGCUGCGGGAGCGGCAGAGCGUCCUCAGGGCGCUGGAGAAGGACAUCCUGGAGGGGGGCAACCUGUGGACGGCGCUGCAGGAGCUCCAGCAGAUCAUGGUGACCCCCAUCAAGGCCUUCCGGCCCCCCCCAGCCGCCCCCCCCUCAAACGGCACCCCCGACGGGGCCCCCCCGGGGGCCGCCGAUGCCUUCGCCCCCCCCCACCCGGCCGCCGACGCCGAAGCCCCCGCCGCCCCCGUCCCCGACGGGGACAUCCCGGGGCAGUUCACCCGCGUCAUGGGCAAAGUGUGCACCCAGCUGCUGGUGUCGCGGCCGGACGAGGAGAACAUCACCAGUUACCUCCAGCUCCUCGAGAAGUGCCUGAGCCACGAGGCGUUCACGGAGACGCAGAAGAAGAGGCUCCUCUCCUGGAAGCAGCAGGUCCUGAAGCUGCUCCGCGCCUUCCCCAAGAAGGUGCCGCUCGACGGCCCGGGCUAUCGGCCCCCCAAGGGCUGGGCCUUCGGCUCCAACUCGCUCCCCAUAGCUGGCUCUGUGGGGGGGGCGGGGGGGCGGCGGGGGCAGCGCCCCUUCGCGUUGCCCCCCCGCGCGCUGCCCCCCGCCCGCCUGGGCUGCUGGGGCCGGCGGGGGGGGCCCCUGCCCCUCGGCCCCCCCUCGGCGGACCCCCCCUCGGCGCGCAGGGACGCCAG